UGACUGAAAUUAUAAUACCCUCUACAAGGGUAUAAAUAUUUGAAUCCUACAAAAUUAUAAAGAACCGUUUUUUGGCAAGGAAACUUUGCUUUUUUAAUCAAUUCUGAAAUCUGUUCUCGUUAUACAUAUAUUGUUCAAAACGCAUACACAACAAUACACAUACUAAAGUAAUGAAGGGAUAUGACCAGGUGAUAUUCACGGAUGAACUCUUGCACCACCGAACUGUGGGCAGCCAGAUCGAGGAGACACGGCGCACCUGGGAGGAGCGAUGCUCUUGGUUUCCGGCUGCCCAGAGGAACUUGUAUGCAAGAUGUUCCGAGAUUUACGAGGAGUGUCUGGAGAAGUACGGCAAUGAUCACUUCGAGUUCUAUGCUAAUAGAAAUCGCCUGAGGGAAGAGCAUAGGGUCAAUACCAAAUCGUAUAGGGAUCGGGAACAGCGAAAGUCUCAGAGAUCAAUGGAUCAUUUAAAGGACUACAAGGCGUCUCCUACAUCUAAUGGGGAAUAUGGAAGAGUUCAGCCAAUGCUACUCUUUCACUGCUUUUAGAUCUCUAUCUAAAGCCAUCCAAAUUCUCAGUCCUUAUUUCAUGAGCCUUGUACUAGUAUACACAAAAAAUUUACUAAGCCUCUGUUAGAAGAAAAGAGCAUUCGUCAAAACAAUUAUUGGAUUGGAAGACGCAGAAUAAUACUAUUGAAUAAUAAAGGCAAAAUCUGAAGAAAA